AUGACCAAUUUUACCGCAGAGGAUGCACUACACAUUUAUUCAUAUGCAUCUGAAAAGGCAAUAUCCGCUUUCUGUUUUGUGAUGACUGCAACUGAAACAGGGUUUGUGCUCGGAAAAUCAAGGUUGGCACCUGCAAACACAACCAUUCAACGCUUAGAGUUGUGUGCAGCAGUCUUGGCCACUGAGGUAGCAGAAAUUAUCUCUGAGCAUCUUGAUUAUCCCAUGGAGAGAUUUAUUUUUAAUUCUGACAGCAGAGUUGUUCUCGGGUAUUUGAACAAUCAGUCUAGAAGAUUUUACACAUACGUAGCCAACAGAGUACAAAUCAUCUUGAAACGCACUAAUGUCCACCAGUGGAACUAUGUACAUACAUCAAACAACCCAGCAGAUCUCGCCACACGUUGUGCGACACCUGCCAAGAAAUUGGAUGCAAAUAUGUGGAUUACAGGACCGAAUACACUGCCGAAUGAAACACGUUGUCCCGACACAUUCACUCUGGUAGAUGAAGACAAGGAUAGCAAAAUUCGACCUUUUGUGAAGGUUUCAAAAACAGACAUUAAUCGUGACAUAACUGAAACAUUUGAGAAAUUCUUUAGUUGGAAGUCUUUGAUCAAGGUAGAGUCGCUGACAGACAAGAAGAGAGUUGGCAGCAAAAGCUCAAUAGCUUUGUUGAACCCAUUUUUGGAUAAAAAUGGGACGCUACGAAUGGGUUGGCGUAUACACAAGGCUACCUUCAAUACAGAUUUCAAGCAUCCAAUACUGGUACCUCGAAAAUCACACAUUGCUGGCCUGCUUGUAAAUAAUUUUCAUGUUUUAGUGCACCAUCAGGGUACACUUUAUACAGAGGCAGCCUUAAGAAACCAUGGCUAUUGGAUAGUCGGGGUGAAACGUUUAGUAUCCAGCAUCAUAUACCAGUGCGUUACAUGCAGGCGCUUGCGUGGCAACUUAGUGAAUCAACGGAUAGCCAACCUUCCUGAAGAUAGACUUACCCCAGGACCUCCAUUUACAUACGUUGGUGUGGAUACCUUCGGACCAUGGCCAGUUGUGACACGGCGUACCAGAGGAGGGGUUGCAGAGAGCAAACGAUGGGCCAUCAUAUUUGUUUGCUUAUUUACCGGAGCAGCUCAUAUAGAAGUGAUCGAGGACAUGAGUAGCUCAGCCUUUAUAAACGCUCUACGACGAUUCAUCUCUGUACGGGGACCGGUGAAAGAAUUUUGA